AUGUUCUCCCACAGCGCAAGCUCCUCCCCGGACAUUCUUGCGCCUCCUGGAGAUGUCGACUACCUGAUCUCCUCACCCUUCAGACCCUUCCGCGGCCGCCAAAGCAGCGCCAUGUCGCCCGCAAACCUCCGCAUCCUCAACACGCCUGGUGCUGGGCGACGGAAACGGUCGCGCAUUAGCCUCAGUCCAGCGAAGAGCGCGCACUCGAUACGGUUCGAUGAUAUACUGCUUCCAGGGUCGCCCUCAAAGGGUAAUGGUCGGCAACGGUCCAUCUCCCCGGACAAGGCACAGGCGGAGGGCAACGUUAGUCCCUGGCGGAUUCGCGUGACACUCGAGGCGACACAGGACGACCAGGAGAACCAGGGGAGUCCUUCGCGCAAGCGGCCGAAACCCUCCACGUUUACGACUAAAAUUCCGCUUAAAGAUGGCUCGGAGCAAACGCCUCGACGAGGUAGAGGGCGUCCUAGAAAGUCCGACGCUGUCAAGGCGAGCCCGGGCCACACCCCUGGUCCUGGCGGAAACAGCGUCCAGAAGAGAAGACCUGGUCGGCCGAGGAAAUCUCAGCCGGAGAACGUCGCAGUCGAAAGUAUUGAGCAGGUGGAAACGCAGGUGGAGACACAACAGGCCGACCCAGCUCCGGCAGGUACGGAGCUAGAAAGGCGCAGCUGGAGCCCUCUGAACCUCGCCGGUGAUGCGGACUCGGAUGAUGGGUUUGGCGACGGGAUGGACAUUCCCUUCGACGUUCCUGAUCAGUCGCAGCAACCCUCCCAGGAACAGAAUCCAGCCCCGGAACUUGAAAAAACCUACGACACCCCAAAUGGCGACGCGAUAGAUCGAUUUUACUCGCAGCCAGGCGACGAUGAGUUACAUUCAACACCCUCCAAAAUGCCAUCACCUACCCGAAACCUGCAAGCUGUAUCUGCAUCUCCCGAGAAUAGCUUACACGCCGGUCAUACACCACACCCACCACGCAUCUAUCCAACCCCAACCUCAUCGUCGCUGGUAGACGAUGAACGGCAAGAGGGCAGCAAGCUGGCGCAGGGUGCAUCCGCAAAUGCACAUAAACCGGAUGCGGUACCUCCCAGUGACCCUACCAACACAUUGCCGUCUGCCAGGCAGCAUGGCUUGAAGAACAAUUCGAAACUGACGAAGGGCUCUUUGAAACCAUUCAUCCAGCGAGAAUCCAACGGCGUUCUCAAGCAGAAGGCACGCGCCUUGGAUCGGCAGCCAGAACAAUUCUCUGUCCCAAGUCCGAGUCCUGAACCAUUGCCUUCUCCCAAACCGCAACUUCACUAUCCUCAACUCCCAGUUCAGUACCCCCAACUUCCGACAGCAAGUCCGUCUACCUCUACCAAACGUCUAUCUCGAUCGCCGGCAAUCGCCACUAAAUCAUCUCCAGCGCCGCAUAAGAAAAGAUUCCUUGGACUAGCAAAGUUGGUCAGAUCAGGAAUUGCCCUCGGGCAUGUCCUUAGUCAUUCUAAUCCAGCCCCGGCUCCAGGAGAAGAGAUUACCGACUUCAUGGAACCUCGCCGACGGCUAGAAGAGGUCUUUGAUGACUUGAAUCCUGACUCGCAACGACUUCUACGGGUGGCUUUAGGCCUUGGACAAGUGCUUGCAAUAAGACGAAAAUACAACGAGCUACGGAGUCCGGUGAAGAAGGCUUUGUUGGAGGCAGAGGAACCGGAAGUAGAUGAGGAAGGUUUAGACAGCCCACACUUUGAGUACACAAGGAAUGUGUCAAGAACCCCAAAUCGACAGUAUGAUGGUACGGCAGAGUCUUCGCCGAGCACAAUGAUGAAACAACGGUUUGCGGAGUGGCAGAGAGAGCGGGAAGCGAUUAGCCGGACAAUUGAAGAGCAUCCGAGCCAGGUCAUUGUUAUUGACAGCGAUGCCAGUGACUUACAGCAACCCGACGAGCAGUGUGAUGAGCCCGACGAGCGCGAGACGUAUGAGGAUCAGCAGUUACCGAACCAGAGAGAGGAAGAGCAGCAGCAUUACGAAGAGGGUUACGGUCAGGGAUAUGAAGAAGAGGGACGACAGCAGGUAUACGAAGAAGAGAACGCAGACCCGGACUACGGUGCUGGCGCCGAUGAUGAUGACGAUGGUGAUGAGGACAUUUGGCAAAUCCAAGCGAAAGAGGAGGGUAACUCAGGCCGGGGCUCUAUGCUUGAAGCACAGAAUGAUCAACAAUCAAGCCCCGGAAAAGGUCGCUCGUCUCCUGCAGAUCAGGGGUACAAGUGGACUUUCUCUCCCGGACUUUGGCUUGACGGACAAGGAAAGGUGCCUCCUCUCGGCCAGUCGCGGGUGCAAAUACUGCGCGAACAAGAUGCGAGCUUUUCAGAUCUGCCUGGCGUCGAGUACACACCGAGGCAAGCCCGAUAUUACUUGGGGAAGAGCAGUCCUCUGAGUUCUGCACAAGGGCGCUCACCACAGCAAAGUCUGUCAUCUGCAGCGUCACAGCGCCACGCCAAUGCCGAAAAAUACCAAGACGAGCUGAGGGAAGAGUCUGAAGAGUCCGAUGUCUUUCUGAAUUUGAGCCCAGAAAGAGACCUCGACGAUGAGACAUUCCAAAUCGACCCGACGACAAGGCACGAAAGCGAGAUGCGACGCCACCAGUCUGAGUUUGCAGACAACGCAGAAUUCGCAGACAAUGCCAGCCUCUCAGAUGCCGCCAACGAGGGAGUCUCUGCACACGAAGAGACUUUUACGCCUAGGAAUCCCAAGCCUGCGAACAAGGAUGGGCAGGGGUCUUCCUGGUUCCAGAAGAUCACAAGUUACACGCCGGCCUGGCUAAAAGCUCCGGUCCGAGAUUCGAGUCCGACUCGGGACAACUCAACGUUACGGCGCAGUCGGUCCAGCUCGCAUGCUCCUAGUUUAAAUGAGGAACAAAGCGAAGAGCAUGAAGGUCGCGGGCUUGAUGAGAUUGACGAAGAGAACGUGAGAGAACAUGAAAGGUUGCCGUCCAUCAAUGAGUCGGAAUCGGAGUUGGAGUCGGUGUCAGACCCGAUGCCCCCUGCUGCGCAGCGUGAGGUCACACGGACCUCAAUUUCAGCCUCACAAAACCUAGAGAGACCCGAAGAAGUGAAGCCUGAAGAAGAGGAAGGCGAGCGAGACGGCGACGCGCAGGAGGAGGAAGAGGAUGGGCAAGCGGGAGAAAACACACAACCAAACUCAAAACCCACCCAACCCCGCGCAUCAGCGUCGCAAGACCAACAUGAACAAAACCCACCCCUCGCCACCUCAGGCUACUUCACAAACGCCCACUACACGCUCCUCCGCCGCCUCUACCGCAUGGCAAAGAACACCCCGGGGAUCUUCCCCUACCACCCGAGACCCUCACACGCUGAGAUCAUCAGCGACUACAUCUGGACCUCGGACAACGCGUACGGCGUCGCGAUCACCAAGCAGCAGUUCGCCAUCAUCCAUCGGUUCAGACAGGAGCUUGCCGUUGCGGACCGCAGGGCUGGCGGGUCCGGGUACGUUGGGUGGACGGAGGCGGAGUUGCAUCGGAGGCUUGUAAGUCUGAUUAUUGGGGAGCAGAUUCGCGAGGAUAUCAAGAAUGAGGAGAGGGCGACGAGAGCCAUGCCGAAGAGUAUUAUUCAGAGGGGGUGA